CAUCAUACCAGAACUCCUCGAACUCGACACACACAGCAAUGGAUCCUCUAACGGCUCUCCGGGAGAUGACGAUGAGAAACGAGCUCGACAAAAUCGUUCGAUUCGACAACGAGUACCGAUUCGGCUCAUCCUACUCGUUCCCCUGCACAAUUGAAACGGCUUACAGAUCAAAACAAGGUAAUCUCUACACUCUCGAAACCCUAGUUUACUUCAUCAAGAAUGUUAAUGUCAAGCACCACGAUUACAUCCGUAACGCCGGCACGCAGAAGAUUCCCGCCGUGACUCUUCUCGAUCGCAAACCCUUAAUUGAGUACCUGGAAGGUAGGAUUUCAUCUACUGACGCUAUUGAGUUCCUGCCGCCUCAACCUCAACAUCAAAACUUCGAGAAUCAUGAGUACCGCAUUGGUGAUUACCCUAAUUUGAAUGUGGUACCUGGCGACGAAUUGGAUGUUGAAAAUCAGGAACCUAGGGUUGGGGUUAGUGAAAACCCUAUGGACUUGGUUAGGGCAAUUGAAAGACCGUUAAAGGACCGUGAAAUGAUAUUGGAGUGCAGGCAUAUGGAUUUUUAUAGCGUGCUUACAGCUGCAACAAAGAGGGACGAGGAAAGGCAGAGAUUAGGGUCGCAGCAGAGGAAAGAUGGUUUGGUAGCCAAGAAUAGGAUUGAUAGAGGGUUUGGAGAUGAUUUAGGGUUGUUAGAUGGGGCUCCCAGGCCCAAAAUGCACUUGAAGGGGAGUAAGAUUGGUGAUGGGGUGCCGAUUAUUUUGGUUCCAAGUGCUUCACAGACCCUGAUUACUAUUUAUAAUGUGAAGGAGUUUUUAGAAGAUGGAGUGUUUAUACCUACUGAUGUAAAGAUGAAGCAGAUGAAGGGUCCAAAACCAGAGUGUGUAACAGUGAUGAAGAAGUUUAGUAGUAGGGAUAGGGUGACAACAGCUUAUGAGGUGAGGGAUAAGCCUUCUGCAUUGAAGGCAGAGGAAUGGGGUCGAGUAGUGGCGGUUUUCGUGUUGGGGAAGGAGUGGCAGUUUAAAGAUUGGCCAUUUAAGGACCAUGUUGAGAUCUUCAAUAAAAUUCUUGGAUUUUACAUGCGCUUUGAGGAUGACAGUGUCGAGUCUGCAAAGAUAGUAAAGCAGUGGAAUGUGAAAAUCAUAUCGAUAAGCAAGAACAAAAGGCAUCAGGACAGAGCUGCUGCACUUGAUGUUUGGGACAGACUAGAAGAAUUCGUGCGUUCACGGUCACGUUCUUGAGGUGUGCAAUGACUUUUACAUACAGAGCUAGGUAUUAGCUACUUUUCUGUUUUGUUACUUGCUCCUUUUGUUUACUGUACUUUGCGAUAACUUUUCAGUUGGCUUUGAAGACAUUGAUUUAAUAGCAAUUAUUUAUGAAGGACAAGGGUCUCCUUUAUUUUAAUUCACGUAGAUUCUACCUUGUGGGAUAUAGAACAAAGCACUUUUUAUUGUUUGUAAUUUGUGCUCAUUAUCCACGUUGGAGGUGUCUAUAUCGAGUACCUUUGCUUGUC